AAUUCUAUAAAAAAUAGUUAAUAUUAAAAAAACCAAAUGGCGGAACUUAAAAUAAAAUCAGAGUCCCCAGUUCUGAGAAUAUCGGGAAAGCCGGACACUCCUCCGCCCCGCAGAAGAGGCCGAAAGACACCCGAACCCCCACCGGUUUUUGAAAAGUUUCUAAUUCCUGAACCGCCAAAAAUAAAUCAAAUAACGUUCCCGGUUCUUAUAAGUAGGAUUAUGCUAAAAAGCAACGUUCCACCACAGGCUGGCCCAAAGAUAAAUAAAUCUGACUACAACCAGUUACUCUGUUUGCUGUGUUUUGCCAAACCUUCAACGAAAAGGAUAAUUUAUCAUAUGUUUGUUUCAACGGAACAAAGCUUGUACAAGGACAUCGAAAAAGAGAAUAAGGAAUAUAAGAAUCGAAAAGAUUUAAACUUUGUAAGAACCACAACUGUGGAAACAUUCUGCGCCCGAUCUCUGUACCACAAAGUCCAAAAGACGUUUACCGAUGUGCUGUGGAAUAAAAGCGGAAAUGUUUUCGAAACCGAAUGGAUCAAAUCCGAUUCCGAAGAAAUUACGAAAAUUACCCAUAGGAUUUACGACUUGCACUAUCUGGAAGUUUAUAAACUAAUCAAUUACACAAAGUUUUUAAGUGCAACGAACAGUUGAAAUAAAUUGUAUUAUUUAGAAUUAAAGUUAACCAUAAGCUUUUUGCCAUUCACACAGAAAUAUAAACAAUUUAUCAAAUAUUUGUGCUUUUGUUUGAACUUUUUAUGGUGAAAUCAUUCCGAUUUCAAUUGGCUACUAAACAUUUUGUAAAUUUAAGCGAAGCCCUCUGGUGGAGUCUGCUCAGUAUUAAUACAGUAAUUAUUAAGGAAGCUCCUCCUGUUCCGCCAUGGAAGUUCAAAGUCAGGAUACUGAUACAUCUAACGCAACAACGCAAGUAGCAUUACCUGAAAUACAGGUGCUUAAUAUUUCCGGACGAGUCAAGCCUCCCCAUGGGACUCCUCGAAUCAGGGGAAAGAAGAAGAAGGCUCCUGUUGAGCCAGAGGCUCCCAAGGUCAAUCCCACAUCGUUUCCAGUCAUUCUCAGUAGGAUCCUGCUGAAAACCAACGAACCACCGGAAAACGCUCCAAAGAUAAAUCAAUCUGAUCACUCCCCACGUCUAUGUUUUCUGUGCCUCGAGAAGCCAGCCGCCAGGAAACGGGCUUAUCACAUGUUCACAUCCACCGAGAACACUCUGCGUCAAGAUUACUCUAGAACGGAAAAACUGUACGAGAACCGGAAGGACUACAAAAAUGUUAAUAACAUAACGGUGGACACUCCAUGUGCCCGUGCCCUGUACCGUCGCGUCCAAAAGGAGUUCACCGAUGUGGUGUGGAACAAGGAUGGCAAUGUUUUCGAGACUGACAUGACAGGGGAUACUGAUGUGUGGAAGAUUUCCAAUAGAGUGUACGACCUUCGAAAGAAGGAGCUUGAAAGACUAAUUAACUUUGUUAAGUUUUUAAGCAGCACAAAAAGUUAAAGAAAAUGUUUUUAAAUAUACAUAAGGUUGCUUUACAUUAAUUGUGAUAUCUUUAAAGUUAUAUUAAAAUCUUUUCACAACUA